GCUUUCUCCAAUACAGGAACCCACAACAACAACUCACAUCAUUCAACUUUUACUGAGCCGAGGCCAUAUGCAAAAUGAUCCUAACGCUCUUCCUCACAUACCUCCUCGCCACCCUCACCAGCGCCCAUGCCAUCCUCCCUCGCGCUGGGUCCCUCACCCAAGUCACCGACUUCGGUGACAACCCUACUGAUGUAGGGAUGUACAUUUACGUGCCGACGAAUCUGGCCAGUAACCCAGGCAUCGUGGUUGCCAUUCACUGGUGCACCGGCACCGGACCCAGCUACUACAGCUCCACGCCCUACGCGACCCUCUCCGAAACCUACGGGUUCAUCGUCAUCUACCCAUCCAGCCCCUACAGCGGAACCUGCUGGGACGUGAGUUCGCAAGCAAGCUUGACCCACAAUGGCGGGGGGAACAGCAACUCGAUUGCCAACAUGGUGACCUGGACGAUUAGCAAGUACGGGGCGGAUAGUUCCAAGGUGUUUGUGACGGGAAGUAGUUCGGGGGGGAUGAUGACCAAUGUCAUGGCAGCCACCUACCCCGAACUCUUCGCCGCCGCAACCGUCUACUCCGGCGUCUCCGCCGGAUGUUUCUACUCGUCCACAGACCAAGUCGACGCCUGGAACAGCACCUGCGCGGAAGGCGAGGUCAUCACGACCCCCGAACACUGGGCGAGUAUCGCGGAGGCGAUGUACUCGGGCUACACCGGGUCCAGACCCAAGAUGCAGAUCUACCACGGCAGUGUAGAUACCACCCUCUAUCCGCAGAACUACUACGAGACGUGCAAGCAGUGGUCGGGCGUGUUUGGGUAUGAUUAUAGUGAUCCGGCGGAGACGGAAGCUAAUACGCCGGAGACGAACUAUGAGACCACGAUCUGGGGGGAUAAUUUGCAGGGGAUUUUUGCGACGGGCGUGGGGCAUACGGUGCCGAUUUUGGGGGAUCGGGAUAUGGAGUGGUUUGGGUUUGCGUAGUUCAUAUGUCGUGGAGAUAUUUGCCAUAGGGCUCAAUAUGGGCGGGGAAUUGUGAAGGGAC